AUAUCGACGAAUGUGACACCAGUAACGGUGGAUGCCAGGAGGGCUGCGUCAAUCUGAUUGGUUCAUUCAGAUGUAAGUGCACGACAGCGGGCUCUUCAUUGGCUCCCGACGGGAAGAAAUGUGUAUAUGCGAAGGUGACACAGAGACCCUCAAAUCCCUGCGACGUUAACAACGGAGGCUGUUCCCACAACUGCACAUGGAAUGGUCGCAAAGUUAUAUGUUCUUGUCCUUCAGGAUUCUAUCACUACAAAAAAAUAUGCUUAGACAUCAAUGAGUGCAGACAUAAAAAUGGAGGCUGUCAGCAUCAGUGCUUCAACACGCUAGGAUCGCACGUGUGCAUAUGCUCCGAAGGAUAUGAGGUAGAUCCCGCAGACAAAAAGAAGUGCAGAGACGUCAGAGGAUGUUCGUACAACAAUGGAAAGGGUCCGUGUCAGGAACUGUGUACUCCUCUGCCUGGCAAAAAACAAAAGUGUUCUUGUUCAAGCCCCGGACUCAAGCUCGCCGAAAACGGGGCGUCGUGUGUCGAUAUUGACGAAUGCAGUGAUGGCAACUUCGGAUGUUCCCAUGUUUGUGAAAACGUUCAUGGUUCUGCGUACUGCUUAUGCCCGUCAGGACUGAAUUUAGCCGAUGAUAACAAGACUUGUAUUGCUUUAAAUGGGUGCUCGGGCAACGAUGGCAAAGGUCCAUGUCAGGAGCGUUGCACUCCUUCACCUAACAAUGGAUACAGCUGCUCUUGCAUAAGUCCCGGGACGGAGCUCUCGACCGACGGGGUUUCGUGCGACAAGUUGUCUGUUGUACCCGAGGACACGUAUGAGUAUAUCUGGCCGUCAAACUCAACUGGCUUUUCAAACAGCAGCGAUGGGAUUGAUGAUAUCGAGGGUUCUGGGAUGGAGAAGGAGACACCGUCCAAAAGCAAAGACGCGGAUCGCGUCACGCCGGAAUGUCCGAUAGGAUUUGCUCCAGUCAACGGCACAUGCGAAGAUAUCAACGAAUGCUCCUCCGGGACCAGCAACUUGUGUGCCCACAUCUGCAACAAGACCAUUGGAAGUUUUCGCUGUAGCUGCAGGGAAGGAUACACGUUGAGCGAGACUGGGACCGGCUGUGAAGACAUCGACGAGUGCUCCUCGCAUUCGACUCAUCCCUGCUCGAACAUCUGCAAAAAUACCCAAGGUAGCUACUACUGCGCAUGCUUCCAGGGAUACAAACUGGACGGAACUAGAAGAAAUUGCGUAGAUAUUGACGAGUGCUCGAUGGGCCGGCAUGGCUGCGGGGAUGUAUGCGAAAACGUUGACGGAAGUUACAGGUGCAAGUGUCAUCCAGGACGGAUUUCGCUCGGUGGAGGGCGUUGUCAAGACUGUCAAAAAAACACGUUCAAGGAUCCAAAGGGAGAGGCUUGCGUACGAUGCCCACCCAAUACCCACACGAUUGCUUCAAGAGCCGCUUCUGUCGACGACUGCGUGUGCGACGGCGGCUUCCGGAAAUCAUCGAACAGUGGACAAGGCUGGGAAGAUAUAAACGAGUGCGAUGAAAAAAUCCUCAACUGUUCCCACGAGUGCGUGAACACAAAUGGAAGUGCGUACUGUGGUUGUCCCUUCGGCCUAAAGUUGUCAGAUGAUGGCUUCACAUGCCGAGACGUCGACGAAUGCACCGAGACGCCGCAUGUAUGCAACCAGAUCUGCUCGAAUACGAUCGGAAGCUACGAUUGUUUUUGCAAAGCCGGGUACACUCUCUCCCUCCAUGAAAACUUCACGUGCGAAGAUGUGAAUGAGUGCACUCAGGGUACCCACAAUUGCAGUCAUAUCUGCACCAACUACGAUGGUGGUUAUUACUGCGAAUGUCCACUGGGAUACGAAAUGACCGGGGACCAGAGAUCAUGCGCAGGUGCGUGA